AUGCCCCCUCUCUCCUCCCCCAACCCUCCCAACUCCAUCCCCCAGGAGGAGGCGGAGGCGGGGGCGUUGGAGCGCAUAAGGGAGGCGCUGCUGGGGGGGGGGGCGGCGCGCAGCGUGGAGCUGAGCGAGGAGGAGGCGCCUCUGGUGGCGCAGCUGUGCCUGCUGACGGCCAAGCCCAUCAUCUACGCCGCCAACGUCGCUGAGACCGACCUCGCUGACCCCUCCUCCAACCCGCACGUCGCCGCUGUGCGCCACCUGGCGGCCACUGAAGGCGCCGAGUGCGUUGUGGUGUCCGCGCAGGUGGAGGCGGAGCUGUGUGAGCUGGGCGAGGCGGACCGCGCCGAGUACCUGCAGUCGCUGGGCGUGCAGCAGGGCGGGCUGGCCGCCCUCGUGCAGGCCACGUACCGCCUGCUGGGCCUGCGCACCUACUUCACUGCGGGGGAGAAGGAGACGAGGGCGUGGACGAUCCGGGCGGGCAUGACGGCACCGCAGGCGGCGGGUGUGAUCCACAGCGACUUCGAGCGCGGCUUCAUCCGCGCCGAGACCAUAUCAUACAAUGACUUUGUGGCGAGUGGCUCGUACACGGCUGCCAAGGAGAAAGGCCUCCUGCGGGCUGAGGGCAAAGAGUAUGUCGUGCAAGAGGGGGACGUUAUGCUAUUUAGUCUGUAA